ACCUGGUUGACACUCAGGUUUUGAAGUCAGGCUCAUUCAAAGUCAUCCUCCUAAAACAGUAUCGUUCUAGUGAAGCCGCUAUUCUAUUGUUAUAUAUUAGAAAAAAUUGGACUAAUCCGAUUAUUGUCAUGUAAUAUCACCGGGGACUAUAUUUAAAAGUCUACACUAACUUUUUUAUUUUUUCAUAUUUCAUUUGGUCCCAAACUUUGAUCUUUCUUGGCCAGUAUUGGCUCUAUAUACCCGAGAAGGGGAGAUUGGGGAGGGGCAGAGAGGAUUGUCAGAUUUUUAAAAAUUAUUAUUUUGCACAAGAAUCUAAAAACAGUGACUGCUGUUCUCCCUCCACCCUCUGCUCCUUCCAUUCUGUGUCCCCUUGUUUCCACCUCCAUUUUCAAGAAUUACGUAUGUCUAUGUGUGUCUGUGUUUGGUUAUGUGUACAAGGGUACAGGUUCUCUCAGGCCAGAAGCAUCUGAUUCCCCCUGGAUCUGGAGUUAACCUGCAGUUGCAAAUCAGCUGACAUGGAUUCUGCGAACUGAAUUCUGGUCCUUUGUGAGACUAAUACAGGAUCUUAACUGCCAAGCCAUCUCUCUAGUCCCCCAACUCUCCUUUUAGAGACAGGGUCUUACUAUGUGAUCCUGGCUGAACUUGUAGACCAGGCUGACCUGGAACUUAAAGCAACAAUUCAUUCUCAGCCUCCCGGAUUGCUUCUAGGCUCACCCUCUCUUUGCCCUGCUGCGGGGAUCAAACAUUACAUGCUACAAGCUCAGAUCUAUCUCACUUUUCAGAAGAUAAUAAGAUAAACAAUGUGAAGACUAUCAGUAACUCUUUGCAUUACUUCCACCUAACAUUUAUUUAACUUUAUUAAUAACUGGGGAAAGUUCAUCUUUCCAUGAAAUAAUUUACCAUAAUAUACUGUGAUGUCCAGUGAUUAAAUAAGUUGUUGUAAGAGAACUGGCAGGCUUGUAUUUAAUUAUUCUAUUAGUUUCAUCACCUUUUUGUCUUUUUAAACUUAUUUUUACUUUAUGGCUAUGAAUGUUUUGCUUGCAUAUAUGUACCCCAUGCCUGCCUGCCUGCCUGAUGUCGGAUCUCUUGGAACUGGAGUUACAGACAAUGUGAGAUGCCACAUGGGUUCUGGAAAUGGAACUUGGUCUCUCUGGAAGAGCAGCACAUGUGCUUUUAGCUGCUGAGCAUUGCCCCAGCCCCCAUCAUCUUUGUUUUAAGAAAUACAUCAGUUUUUCUCAAAGAUCCUUCCAAAAGUUUCUAUGUUUUUGAAAAAUUUUAUGUAGUGUAUAAGAGGAAAUAGUAGAUUUAUUUUUUGAGGCCCAAGAAGACCUAUUAGGCCAUGAUAACCUCCUUCCACAUCUCAAUUGCUGGGAUUACAGGCAUGUACUACCAUGACUCACAGAGAUGGGCAUUUUUAUCAGUAUUAUAAAUCAUAAUAGUAUUGAAAUGGAAAGGAACUUGGGUAGUAAUCUAAUGCAAUUUUUAUGCUUUUUCCCAUGAUGUGAGAAGGAAAAAUCAAAAGAGAUUGAUCUGGCUGCAUGCUACUUAGCAGAAAUUCCAGAUUACAACCUGCUGUUUCUAAAUCCAGACCUAUCCAGUUUCUGAGUCUGUUGCCUUUUCACGAAUAGCUGUUUGGGUUAAACUUUAUGACAUUUUAGAGCCUUUACUUAUUCUUAUAUUUAUUUAAUUUUGUUUCUUGGGGGGUACUUUGAGAUGGGGUUUUUAUAGGCUUUGUUAGCCUCAAAUGCCCUUGUUGCCGAGAAUGACCUUGAACUCCUGACCCUCCCUCUGCCUCCUUCCAAGUGCUGGGAUUCCAGGAGUUGUACUGCCAUACUGCCACACUCAGGUUGAGCCUUUAUGGCAGUAUAUUUGAGAUGAAUAUCACUCACUGAACUAUUCAAAGGGUUAACAAGGCAAAGCAUGGAUAUCUCCUGGCUUGUUAAACUUUGAGGUUUGUUUUUUUUUGUUUGUUUGUUUUGUUUUGUUUUUAACAUUUUUUUCUGAGUUUUACUGUUUUAUGCAGAUGAUUUAAGAAAUUCUGUUCAGGGGCUGGAAAGAUGGCUCAGAGGUUAAAAGCACUGACUGCUCUUCCCAGACAUCGUGAGUUCAAUUCCUGGCAACUACAUGGUGGCUCACAAUGAUCUAUAUGGUGAUCUGAUGCCCUCUUCUGGCAUGCAAGUGUACAUGCAGAUAGAGUACUUUGAACAACAGAGAAUUUCAAAGGAAGUUGACUAUAUCUGCAGGGCAGCAGUUUCAGCAGGCAUCAUUGGCUGGGCAUAUGGAGGAAUACCUGCUUUUAUUUAUGCUAGAAAGCAAUACGUUAAGCAGAGCCAAGCGGAGAUUUAUCAUAACCGGUUUGAUGCUGUGCAAAGUGCACACCGUGCUGCCACGAGGGGCUUCAUUCGGUAUGGAUGGCGUUGGAGUUGGAGAACUGCAGUCUUUGUGACUAUAUUCAACACAGUAAACACUGGAUUAACUGUGUAUCGAAAUAAAGAUGCCUUGAGCCAUUUUGCCAUUGCAGGAGCUGUCACAGGAGGUCUUUUCAGAGUAAACCUAGGCGUUCGAGGCCUGGUGGCUGGUGGUAUAAUCGGAGCUUUGUUGGGCACUCCUAUGGGAAGCCUGCUGAUGGCCCUUCAAAAAUACGCUGGUGAGACCGUUCAGGAGAGAAGACAGAAGGACAGGAAGGCAUUCCAUGAGAAGGAACUGGAAGAGUGGAAAAGCAAGCUGCAAUUCACUGAGUUCCUCCCUGAGGAAAUUGAAAGUGGCUUAGAGAAGAUUCGGCCUGAGGAAGAUGCUCAGAGAAUCGAGGAGCUGCUGAGCCUCCCUAGGAACCCUUUAUCGCCAGAUAAACAAAGUGAGGACUGAGGCUGAGGCGUCUGUGUGUCUAGGAAUGCCAGUGCAGACUGCUUCUUGUCAGCCUGCUGACAAAUGUGAGUGCUGGCAGCCAUGGGAGCAGUGCCUUGCCUCUUACCUUUUCUCUUUUUAUAUCAGUAAUUAGACAUCAGAGCUGGGUGAGUGCCACAAACCUACAAUUCCAGCUGCUUGGGAGGCCAGCUUGAGCUACCUAACAAGACCCUGUUUCAAAAAUAUGCACCUAUGAAAAACAAAGAACCAAACGCAGCCCAAAGAACUGGGUUACAUUUUCUUAUUUAUACUGAUAGUUGAUCCAUCUAAACUGAACUUUCUCUAUCCUGCUAGAUUUUAUACAAGUAAAAUACUUCCCAAAAGAUUAAAA